AUGCGGUGCUUUGACUUUGCCUUCUUGGGUCGCAGUACUUCUGUGGCUGCUAAGCUGCAUCUAAUGCACUGGAACUCCACGCUGUACAGCAGCAUUGAUGAGGCAGUAGGGAAGAAGCACGGCAUAGCUAUUAUUGCUUUGUUUGUGCAGAUAGGAAAAGAGCAUGUAGGCUUAAAGGCUGUGACAGAAAUUCUCCAGGACAUCCAGUACAAGGGAAAGUCCAAAACAAUACCCUGUUUUAAUCCCAACUCUUUAUUACCAGAUCCUCUACUGCGUGACUACUGGGUGUAUGAGGGCUCCUUAACCAUCCCACCCUGCAGUGAAGGAGUCACCUGGAUAUUAUUUCGCUAUCCUCUGACAGUGUCCCAAGUACAGAUAGAGGAAUUUCGUAGACUGAGGACACAUGUUAAAGGUGCUGAACUUUUAGAGGGCUGUGAUGGAAUCCUAGGAGAUAAUUUCAGACCAACUCAGCCACUUAGCGAUAGAGUCAUCAGGGCUGCAUUUCAGUAGCAGAAGAGGAAGGACAACAAAAAUAAAUCUUUAUUCAGAGAGGAGGAAGACAAUGCUCCCACAGUGCCCUCGCAUGAGAAAUGGAAACUUUUGAGGCUGCUGCUUCAGUUGAACCACAAAGCCUGUAUUGUUUGUCUUCAUCUAAUUCAGCCUUGAUAGACAGCUGUGAGAGUUGGUCUGUCCACAUGGUUCAGUGAAAUUCUGGGAAUGGAGUUGUACGUUAAAAGAAGGAAACACACUAAAUCUUCCAGGUCACACUGUUAACUAUUUUUAAAUGGUAAUUAUUAUAUUGCUUAUAUAGUUUCUUUGCCAUAGCAUUCAAUAGUUGUCCAUAAUCCAAAUAGUACUAAUUUUAAACUUGGUAUGAAUGUUAAUAUGUAGAAAUACUCAUUAUCUUUUUGAAUGUUAGAUUUCAUUUUAUUCUGUAUCAUCUUUUGUGCUGUAAGUAACCAUCUUUUCUGUAGAGAGAAAGUGCACUCCAUAAAGCUAAUAAAUACAUUGUUGUUCACA